UUUUUAAAUGGGCACUUUUAAGCGAACGCGUUACUAUGACUCAAGUAACAACGGGAACAUUUUUAAACAGGCAUUUCACGGGAGAGCAUUUUGACACUUCGGCCAAUCAUAUGGCGAGAAUAAGGAACGUCACUGUCAAGCGCAGACCCCGCGGGUGGAUAGUGAAGGGAAGAGGAUUAGUGAGCCUACACCGGCCAAGGUGGAUCAUUUUUUCUUUGUGCGCAUCUUGUUUUUUUUUUAGUUAAUUUCAGUCACUUAACUAAACCGAAGCUUCGACGACGUGUCCGGCUUUAGCCACAUUACAGACUCAAACAUCAGUUUUCAAGUCUCAGCACUCGUUGAAGGUUUGCGACCUACUUUAGCUUAGCCUAGCUGGCCAACCACUAACAAAGCUGCAAGGGACGUCGUCAAGUGUUCAGAAAAUGUCCGGGAAACCGGCCCUGGCUGCAGUAAAGUUCCAGGAGGUAAAAGAGGAGCCCCCACGUCACCAAGACUCGACUGUGUGCAAAAUAAUGCACGCAGAGGCUGUUCUUCACACACUAGAAGAUCUGAAUGUCACCCAAGCCCAUCGUCCGGAGCACCAGGAGUCUGCAUGCAUCAAGAAAGAGGGGGAGGAAGAGCCACCAUACAUCAAGGAUGAGGAAGAGUCCGCACCCAUUCAAGGUUUCAGCAAAUAUCUUGCUCUUGAGGGGCAAGAGUCUGCUGGCGUUAAAGAGGAAGUCGAGCACCCGCAUAUGAAAGAAGAAGAGCAAGAGCACUCUCAACAGCAAAAGAAAGAAGUGCAACUUCCAAUCAAAAAGGAGGAGGUAAAUCUGCCAUAUAUUAAAGAGGAAGACUAUAUCACCAGGUCGACUGGUGAGCCCUUGAAGAGUGAAGAUGGUCCGAGUGAGGUCAGCAGAGGGACGGAGCCUCCAAGCAGCAGCAGCAGCAGCUCAACAGAAGGCUUGCAAGCCUACAUUUUCAUCGCACCGUCAGAUAGAAAUGGCGCCACGUCACACUCACCUUACAAAGAUGAUGGUCCUAAGAAAUUUCACCGUGACGACAAUCUCUGCAAAUGGUCUCAGUGUGGGAAAACCUUUGCUAAUAACUAUACUUAUAAUAUGCAUAUGAGGAGCCACACAGGUGAAAAACCUUUCUCCUGCUCCGUUUGUGGUAAAAAAUUCUCUGACAAAGGCAACUUGAAAAAACACACAAGAACCCAUACAGGUGAAAAACCUUUCUCCUGCUCCGUUUGUAGUAAAAAAUUCUCUGACAAAGGCAACUUGAAAAAACACACAAGAACCCAUGUUGGUGAAAAACCUUUUCCCUGCUCAGUUUGUGGUCAUGGUUUUAUUCAAAAGAAAAACUUAAAUGCACACAUGAGAACCCACACCGGUGAAAAACUUUUUUCCUGCUCAGUUUGUGGUCAAGCAUUCAGUCAAAAGGAAGACUUGAAAAGACACACAAGAACCCACACUGGUGAAAAACCUUUCUCCUGCUCCGUUUGUGGUAAAAAAUUCUCUGAAAAAGGCAACUUGAAAAAACACACAAGAACCCAUACCGGUGAAAAACCUUUUUCCUGCUCAGUUUGCGGUCAUGGUUUUGUUCAAAAGCAACCCUUAAACAUACACAUGAGAACCCACACUGGAGAAAAACCAUUUUCCUGCUCAAUUUGUGGUCAAGGGUUCGCUUGGAAGUAUCAGAUUAAGAGACACGUGUGUGUCUGACAUGUGCUUUGUCCAAUCCUUGUAUUAUGUGGAUCCACACUAGAGCACUGGCUCACCUGAUUUAACUGUCAAGUUAAGUGGCAUUUUUUAUACAAUACUCCCCCUCCUUCAAAUGACACUUCACAGUUAAUAUUGAAACAGUAGAUCCCAAAUUACAAAAAUUUAGAAUCAUUAAUAACAGUGUUGUUAAUAACGGCGUUACAAUAUAACGGCGUUACUAACGGCGUUAUUUUUUUCAGCAAUGAGUAAUCUAAUUAAUUACUUUUCUCAUCUUGGCAACGCCGUUACCGUUACUGAGGCGGGAAAGGCGUGCGUUACUAUGCGUUACUAAGUUGGUUGAAUAAAAAAAGUCUGAGAGAAACGGACUCACGGGGACGAGAGCAGAGCAGGAGUGGGGCCGUUGCAACCGCGAUGCUAGGUGGCUCCAAUAAUACCUGACGGUAGCCAUAGCCGACAAACUACGCCCACAUGACACGGUAGAUAUCAUAUUAUAGAACUAGAUGCAAAAACUGACACAGCUGCAUUGCCAACAUGUUUUAAAGACUACAUGUGUUAGUAAACAGCCGCCAUCUUAAAGCAGUAGACCUCUCAGGAAGGCCCUGAUGUUGAGAUCCUUCCUAGCGAACCUAAGUAACUUUUUUUUUUUUUUUUUUUUAAAUCUAAAAUGCUUCUAAAUCGGCAAAAUCUUAACUUAAAUCUAUCUUUAAAUGAUGAAACAGUUUUAAAACUUACACAUGUUUAAAGUAGACAGAAGGGAACUAAUGCAUUAACAGGAGCAAUUUUAACAACUUUAACGGUUGAUUCACAACUUUAAAUGACUUCCACACAUAGCAAAGGUUACUAGCUAGUUAUCGCAAUACCCUUGUGUCUAGUUAAGUGGAGGGUAAAGGGGCUAGGGCCAAUUGUCCCCCAAAUCCUUUAAACUUCACAUUGUGUGACCUGUUUUUUGUUGUUGUUGUUUUUUGUUUUUUUUUUGUUUCUUUUUUUUUUUUUUGAGAAAAAUUUUUUUUAUCACUAGUUACUUUGCCAAGUAACUAAUUACUAGGUAACUGAGUUACUAACGCAAUUACUUUUUGGGAGAAGUAAUUUGUAACUAAUUAAUUACUAUUUUAAAGUAAAAUUAACAACACUGCAUAUACUGUAUAUAGAUAUAACUAGAUGCAAAAUGACAGACACGGCACUAGAUGCAUUAGUAAACAGCCGCCAUCUUAAAGCAGUAGACCAUUUAUUACGGCUCUUUUGUAGAGAACCUUCCUAACGAACCUAAGUAACUUUUUAUCUAAAAUACUUCUAAAUUGGCAAAAUCUUGACUUGAAGUCAAAAUCAACAAAAAAAAUCAAGUAAAGUCAAAAUGAAAGUUUUAAAACUUUCAUUUGUCGAAAGUAGAGAGAAGGGAACUAAUGCAAUAAUGGGAGCAAUUUUAACAACUUUUAACUGUUGAUUCAGGGUGAAGGGUAAAUUAGGGUAAAGAAUUGGGCUCGGGCCAAUUGUACCAAAAACCUUCACAAAAAAACUUCACAUAGUGUGGCCAAUGUUUUUUUUUUUUUUUUGAGGAAAAAAAAAAGUAAUUAUCACCAAUUACUUUGCCAAGAAACUAAUUACUCUUACAUUCAGGUAAUUGAGUUACUAACGCAAUUACUUUUUGGGAGAAGUAAUUUGUAACUAUAAUUACUUUUUUUCAGUAAGAUUAACAACACUGAUUAAUAAAUAAUAUAAUUGCAUCAAUAUGGAAAAUUAUGAUUGGCCCACUAAUAAUAGUUUUGGGGGCAGGGGUGAUUAUACAAAUUUAAAAAAAUACUAUUACUACUCUUGAUUGACAGUGAUAUAUUAUGACAGAG